UCACUAUUCCCCCACUAUUUUUCCGCAUCGGUCGUCCAUUUUUCAUACGACUCCAAAGGAAAAAUAAGUUUGUAAAUUAAAUUAAAAAAAAACAUCAAAGCCUCAGCAAUCGGGACGCAAAAAUCAAAAAUUAAAAGCUAAGAACUCAUGACAGUGCAUUUCAGUGGCCUUUAAAAAUACUGCUCAAACCAAUACUAAGCAAUACUAUUAUAAUUUAAUACGAUUCGAUUCAUAUUAAAACUGAAACUGAAAAGGCUCAUAUCUCGUAGAAUAAAAUAAAAGUAAAUAAAGUGAAUGUGAAGUGGUGCAAAAACUGAACUGAAAUACGUAUAUACCCAAUUAAUAUUCGUCGUCGUCGUUGUCUGCCCCAUCCUCGUCGUCAUUGUUGUCAAAGUUUCAAGAACUAGUUAAAGAAAAAAGAAAAAGAUAAUCAUAGCCAUGGCCUGUGCAACACUUAAACGUUCCCUGGACUGGGAAUCAAUGAACCAGCGGCCCACCAAACGUCGUCGUUGCAAUCCUUUCGGUCAACCGGCAGGCAGCGGUUCACCCUCACGCGAUCGCGAUGGACCAAGCACUUCAUUGGGUGUGCCCCACACACCGAGCAAUCGUUUUGCCAAAGACAGCACUGAACCAAGCCCCUUCUCAGAGGUUGCUUUGGCCAAAAUGUCACCAGACAAAAUGGCCGAGAAUUUGUGCAAUGAAAUCAAAAGACUGCACAAACGCAAACAAUUGCCCAUCACAGGAGCCGCAUUGGAACGCAUGCAAGACUCGGAAUCGAGCGGCUCUGAAAUGGGCCCGGAGAGCCCACGCCGCCCGGACAGCCCACCGAACCUAAUGCUGCGUCCCCAUGGCGAGAAGGCUCUGUUCACAUUUAAACAGGUGCAGCUCAUAUGCGAGAAUAUGAUCAAGGAGCGUGAGAAUAAACUACGCGAACGUUAUGAGUCUGUGCUGACCACCAAACUGGCUGAGCAAUACGAUGCCUUUGUUAAAUUCACAUAUGAUCAAAUCCAACGUCGCUAUGAGGCAGCGCCUAGCUAUUUGUCGUAAGACUUAUAUAAAACAAAAAACAAAACAACUGUAACAAAAAACAACUACGAUCUUAUGUGACGGUAGAGAAGAAUACCGCAGCAGCAGCAGCAACAACAGCCCUCAUUUAAACUAAACAAAACAAAGAAGAAGAAAAAAAAAAACAAAAAAAAGCAAAAAACAAAAAAAAAACAACAAACAACAAACAAACAAAAAGAAAAACAAAUAACAAACAAAAGAACUACAUGCAUUGUGUUUAUGAUAUAUUUUGAAAUAAAAUCAGACAAGUUAUAGUUUACAGUUAGAAUAACAUAUUCUUAUAUGCAUAUAUAUAGGUAUACAAAUAUAUAUAUGCAUAUACGAAGGAGAAACAAAACAAAACACAAAAGAACCGCUUACAAUCUUGUUAAACAUUUACGUUUUCAUACCAACAAAAAUUCUAAAUAAAAAUGACAAAUAUCGAAAACAUAUAUAUAUAUAUAUCUAAAUAUAUAUAUAUUAAGGAAACAAAAAGAUAGAGAGAGAGAGAUGCAAAAACAAACUAAGUAUAUAGAGACACACUGCAGAACAGGGUGCCCAAACCCAAGAGAAAAAGGACAUAAAUCGCCUUUGGCACACAUGCAAAACCGUUAAACAUGAAUAAUAUUAAUGCAAUUCAAAUGAAACCUCAAAACAAUAGCUUAGCAAUACGAUCACAUUAAAAAAACAAACAAAAACAAAAAAAAAAA